UCCCAGAUCAAAGGCGAGCCGCUCCGUAGAGAGAGCGCGAGCCAGCUAGGCACAAGCGAGCGCGCGGGCAACGCGACAGUCCUGCAAUGUUGAAAUAAGCCACGAUAGUCGUUUCAAGGACGAACUUUUAUUGUCGAUUAAUGAUCGUCACUCUCAUUUCGCAACGCACAUUGCGCUUCAAAUUUUUUUUCCACGUUUUCGCGUUUUAGAGAGCUCGUGCUCUCUCGAGACUGAUUCCUGAAUCGAGACUUUUUCGAAGACGCUUGGAAAUUAUGUUCCGAUCGGCGCCGAUCCAGCCGGCAAGAUGAUGAUUUUACCGAGAACUGGGUUCGGUCGUGGUGCUGAUUCGGUGGUCUUGUUGUGGUUGUGGGUCCUGGGAAGCGUCCUGGCCAAGGAUACUGCCUUUGUGGAAGUUGUGCUUUUUGAAUCGAGCCCAAAUGGUGAUUAUACGACGUACACGACAGGUCUGCAGGGACGCUUCUCCCGAGCCGGAGCCACUAUCAGCGCAGAGGGCGAAAUCGUGCAAAUGCACCCUUUGGGCCUGUGUAACAACAACGAUGAAGAGGACUUGUAUGAAUAUGGUUGGGUGGGCGUGGUCAAACUGGAACAACCCGAGUUGGACCCCAUCUGCCUCACUGUACUGGGAAAGGCAAAGAGAGCCGUUCAAAGAGGAGCCACAGCUGUCAUCUUUGACGUCUCAGAGAAUCCAGAUGCCAUCGACCAGCUCAACCAACUUUCAGAAGACCCCCUGAAAAGGCCGGUGGUCUAUGUCAAAGGAGCAGAUGCGGUUAAACUCAUGAAUAUCGUAAACAAGCAGAAAGUUGCACGAGCCAGAAUCCAACAUCGCCCACCAAGACCUACGGAGUAUUUUGACAUGGGAAUCUUCCUGGCGUUUUUCGUUGUGGUUUCUCUGGUCUGCCUCAUCCUUCUCAUCAAGAUAAAACUCAAGCAAAGACGCAGCCAGAGUUCCAUGAACCGGAUGGCCAUCCAGGCCCUGGAGAAGAUGGAGACACGCAAGUUCAAGGCUAAGGUCAAAGGUCAGCGUGAGAUCAGCUGUGGAGCUUCAGACUCGCUGAGCAGCAGUUCCACAUCAGACUGUGCCAUUUGCCUCGAGAAAUACAUCGAUGGCGAGGAGUUGAGGGUGAUCCCCUGUGCGCACCGCUUUCAUAAGAAAUGUGUGGACCCUUGGCUUCUGCAGAAUCACACUUGCCCACACUGCAGACACAACAUCAUUGAGCAAAAAAAGGGAAAUCCGGGUGCUGUUUGUCUCGAUCCUGGAAACCCAGUGCACAGCCGCCAGCAGCGAGUCAUCCUCCCCGUUCAUUAUCCAGGAAGGGUGCACCGAGCCGGACAGGUGACUGCCUACCCCACCCGUACCACUAUGGAUCCCCAUGGAAACCCCAUCACUGUUCUAACAGUGGACCAGCACCCUGAGCAAAGCCUUUAUCCAUCCCAGUCCUCCUUCAUACGGGGAUACCCCGCCCUCCACCUAGACCACAAUCUAAACCCUCACCAUUGUGGUCUGGAGCAUCGUGCCCCCGGUUACCCACAAACUUUUAAACGGCCCAAAUUUCACGGACGUAACUUUUCCCGUGCCGCCUGCUUUUCGCAGUACGAGACUAUGUACCAGCACUAUUACUUUCAGGGCUUGACAUUUCCACAGCCUGAAGGUCAGCCCGGUAACGGACUUCACAAAGGUCACAAUCGACCUUACCAACCUGGACUUUUGUAUCCAGCAGUGGUGCACAUGGCACCAGCUUCCUCUUCUCGCUUGGGCGACUCGGGAAGCACUUCAGGACUCAGUUGUUACCACGGGCAUCGCUCCGUGUGCAGCGGUUACCUGGCGGAUUGUCCUGGAAGCGACAGCAGCAGUAGCUCGGGUCAGUGCCACUGUUCCUCGAGCGACUCCAUGUUAGAUUGCACAGAAGUUAGCAACCAGGGCGUGUACGGAAGCUGUUCGACGUUUCGUAGCUCGCUGAGCAGCGAUUACGACCCGUACGUAUACCGCAGUAAGAGUCCGUGCCGGGGCUCCGCCGGAGAGCCAGGGACGGUGUUCUCUGCCACAGCUGAGGAUUCGCCAGUCCCUGUAUCGGGGGCGAUGGACUGUCUUCAGCCUCCCGUCGGAGCUCGUUACGGUUCUGGGGACCAGCUAUCCAACUGCAGCCUGGAGCCCAGCUGUAGUGGCCACUCUUCGGCGGAAAACAGGGAACUAACUAGCACUACCUCAGCUGGACUCUCGGAGAGCGCUGCUGCAGAAACGAGCCCCGUGAAGCAUUGCGGAGAGCAAGGGGUUGCGUGCAGCUGCUGCUUUGAGGUACCGAAACUUAAUUUGGAACGUAUGGGGCAGGACGGGGAGGGACAUUGCAGGUGGGGCGUCGAAUCUCAAGCUCUCUCGCUUGGUUCUCCGCAGAACUUUUAUAGCGUCAGCACCGAGCAGCUGCCUUCUCCGGAUCACGUCGGCUACGACGGACUGCCGUGCUGCUUCUACACGGAGAUGGCCGUACAUCGUGGAAGUAAUAAUCAUUACGCCGAAGACUGUUCGGUUAACGUUCAGUACGCCCCGACGGACAGUGACGGCUGCAUAGUACCGGGCUGCUGCGAACUCUCACAGCGGAUACCCAUAAUUCCCGAGGAUACAGACUGUGAAUUAGGCUUGGGUCCAGAGUCACAAACAAGUCUUCUCCCUCCUAGACUUACUUUAGAAAGCGAGGAGAGGACUUCUGAGGAGACUUGUGAUUUGUUUUACACCUCAGGACAAUGUAGAGGUCAAAUGUAUCAGCAGCCACAAGAUGAAGAGACCAGAGUGCUGUUCCCCCCUCAGUGCAAUGGCGUGACUGACACACUAGGGGGCGGCAAAGCAUCUUUCGAUGGGUCGGGGCUCUGAUGGCAAGCCCUGAAACACAGCACAGGCUCUUGAAAAUCAAUAAAUGUAAUAGUUGUGUUGUCAAAACUCUGAAGUGUACUUAUCGUAAAGGGUUUGAGUUUCAAAUCAAGAUUUUACUUUUUUUUAUUUUUUGAGUGCUUAUCUUGUUCAUUCCUGUGGCCUUCAGAAUCUGUCAUGAAGACAACAGUUUAAGAAUUAACAAAUAAUGAAAGUACAAAGCUACAUAUUUUCCACGUGCUACACAGCAAAAGAAAUGUGUCAUAGGUAGAGGGCGGAGCAUCGUUAUGUGCAUGCUUCUCUCUUUAUCGGACUAGGACCAGGGAAACGUUUGUAAAUGGAAAUGACUAAUUUUGAGUUCCAAGGUGUUAACCAUCAUGAUUUAAAUGCUCUUUUUAAACUUAUUUUAAUAAAAUUGCAUGCAUGCGAGCAGUAUGAAAUCAAACAUCUCAAUCAAAACCAAAAUGGAGCAUAUGGAGGGAGCGCAUUUAUUGAACACUUAACAAGGUUAAAACCAUACCUCCCUCUUUCUGUUUUUCUCAGGGCCUUAAUCGUUUUAGUGCAGACCAAGAUCUAGUUUUUUAUCCAUAUAGUUGUUAUCAGUGGAGACUACUGAGCUGUAUGUACUUAACACCAAAUUUAGUUUGUCUCCAGGGUUCAGUCCAACACCACUGGUAGGUUUAGCUUCAGACUACUUUAGUGUUAAAGUUGCAAGACUUCUAGUAUUUGACCCCUGAAGUUCAUCUAUGAGUACAUGCAUACAUACAUGUAUUUAUGUGUGUAUACAGUUUGUCAACAAGACACCAAAGUAUAAUGGUUUUGAGAGUUUGGACUGUAUAUGUGUGUGUGUCAAGUAAUUGCCUUUAAUAAUUACCCACUUCACACUUGCACCUGUGCUUUUACAGAUAUACACCAUCAUAUCAUCAUGCAUUUCUGUUUAUACAGAGUAUUUUAUACUGUUUCUAUGAAAUGUACCCAUACAGCUUACACGGGCGUUCAUUUUAAAGUAACUUUGUUUAUACAUAGACUAUAACAGUGCCGUAACAUGAGAAUCUACUCUUGCCUUGCAUAGAGAUAUGUACUGCAAAUACAGCAUUUUUUCUGGGGGUACUCGAGUCACUAUUUAAUGUUUCGUAUUGUUUGUAGCACUUAAGAUUGUAUAAAAGAAAAUGUGUACAAAAAUUAAUAUUUUUAAAUUUUUUUAAAGAUAUAAUUAUUUUCUCCAUUAUCAUUUUACAAAUGUUAAAGGUUAGAGCUUGAUCUGUGUAUAUUUCUGUAUCUGUAUAGCAGCACAUUUCAUAAAUGGAAAUAUGUUCUCUGAAUAUUUAUUGACUAAUAUAUUUAUCUUUAAGCCAUGUCUUAUGUUCAGAGUGUCUGUGAGGUUUUUUGUUUUCAUUUUUUUUUCUCGAGAUCACUAAUAAGAGACUUUGUAAAUACAUGGUAAUUGCACACAAGCCGAUUAAAUAUUCUCUGACCAAAAACUGAUUUAGAAAUUUUAGUGCAGUUUUGUAACAAAGUGUACAAAGAGCUUAAAAAUAUAUGGUUUUAUUAAAGUGAACACACAAA